ACUCGCGGAACGGAGGACGCACUUGGCUCCUUGGCGACUGAAAGCUGCCCAGGGCUGGGCAAGGGGGGCAACUGGGAAGCACAGAGCUUGCUCCCUGGCGGAAGCGCGCAGGCGCAGAAUGGAGUCACCUAGCAACCCAGGGACAACUGUGGACCCGGAGGUGCGCCUGUAUCCGCAGGUGCGGUUUACUGGUUCUGAGCAAAGGCUGUUCGGCGGAACCUCCCUGCAGGAUGGGUAAAAAGAUAAAAAAGGAAGUAGAACCUCCUCCUAAAGAUGUGUUUGAUCCAUUAACAAUCGAAAGCAAAAAAGCAGCAACCGUGGUGUUAAUGCUUAAUUCUCCUGAAGAAGAAAUUUUGGCUAAAGCAUGUGAAGCCAUUUAUAAAUUUGCUUUAAAAGGAGAGGAAAAUAAAGCAACCCUCCUUGAACUCGGAGCUGUGGAACCUUUAACCAAGCUUCUUGCUCAUGAAGACAAAAUUGUAAGAAGAAAUGCUACUAUGAUAUUUGGAAUCCUGGCUUCUAACAGUGAUGUUAAAAAAUUGUUAAGGGAGUUAGAUGUCAUGAGUUCUGUUAUUGCCCAGCUCUCUCCAGAAGAAGAAGUAGUUAUCCAUGAGUUUGCGAGUCUUUGUCUGGCAAACAUAUCUGUCGAGUAUACAGGUAAAGUACAAAUAUUUGAACAUGGUGGGUUGGAGCCACUCAUCAGACUACUGAGCAGCCCAGACCCUGAUGUGAAGAAGAAUUCUAUUGAAUGCAUUUACAAUUUGGUUCAGGAUUUUCAGUGUCGAACUACACUUCAAGAACUAAAUGCAAUCCCUCCUAUGUUGGAGCUCUUGAAGUCAGAGUAUCCAAUUAUUCAGUUGUUGGCUCUCAAAACCUUAAAUGUCAUUACAAAUGAUAAGGAAUCCCGUACAAUGCUAAGAGAAAAUCAAGGAUUGGACCAACUUAUUAAGAUCAUAGAUACUAAGGAAUUGAAUGACCUUCACAUAGAAGCACUUUCAGUGAUAGCCAAUUGCCUCGAAGAUACGGAAACUAUGACACUAAUUCAGCAAACAGGGGGUCUUAAAAAACUCCUAGCGUUUGCGGAAAACUCCACAAUUCCUGAUAUUCAGAAGAAUGCAGCGAAAGCAAUUACUAAAGCAGCUUAUGAUGCUGAAAAUAGGAAACUUUUUCAUGAACUUGAGGUUGAAAAGUGCCUGGUAACCCUUUUGGGUUCUGAAAGCGAUGGAACUAAAAUUGCUGCUUCCCAAGCUAUUUCAGCAAUGUCUGAGAAUUCGAGCAGCAAAGAUUUUUUCAAUACUCAGGGGAUUCCACAGUUAGUUCAGCUGCUCAAAAGUGACAAUGAAGAGGUGAGGGAGGCCGCGGCUCUGGCCCUGGCAAACCUGACCACUUGCAACCCUGUCAAUGCCAAUGCUGCUGCUGAAGCCGACGGUAUCGAUCCACUGAUAAGCAUCCUGUCUAGCAAACGAGACGGAGCCAUUGCCAACGCCGCCACCGUGUUAACCAACAUGGCCAUGCAGGAGCCCCUGCGCGCCAGCAUCCAGGGCCGCGACAUCAUGCACGCCCUCCUGGGCCCGCUGCGCUCUGACAACCCGGUGGUGCAGAGCAAAGCCGCGCUCAUGGUGGCUGCCACCGCGUGCGACGUGGAGGCUCGGACAGGGUUAAGAAAUUGUGGUGGACUGGAACCCCUGGUGGAGCUCCUGUAUUCCAAGAAUGACGAGGUGAGAAGGCAUGCCAGUUGGGCUGUGAUGGUCUGUGCCAGUGAGGAGCCAAUGGCGGUGGAGUUAUGCCGGCUCGGGGCUAUAGAUAUCCUUGAAGAAAUUAAUCUAUCGGUGAGACGAAAAAAUAAAUUCAGUGAGGCAGCUUAUAACAAACUGCUCAACAAUAAUCUCUCUCUGAAAUAUAGCCAGACUGGCUGUUUAUUGUCAAAUAACAUAAUUAGUGAUGGAUUCUAUGAUUAUGGUCGGAUAAAUCCUGGCACUAAACUUUUGCCAUUGAAGGAGCUCUGCUUUCAAGAACCAAGUGAUCAACGAGCUGUACUCUUAAUCAACAGUAAAGCUUCUGAUAAUUCUCCACCUCCAUCUAUGGAUGAUAAAUCAUCAGAUGUUGGCUAUGGACGAAGUAUUUCUUCUUCAUCUUCUUUAAGAAGAGGAAGUAGAGAAAAGACCAAUUUUUGUAUUAGUACUGGAUUUGGAUCUCCCACAGAAGAAAGAACAGAGCCUGCUUCUGGAAGAAACACUGUUGCUAGCAAAAGUGCUACGAAAGAAAAAGGACCCAGGAAAGGCAGAGGGAAAAAAGAAGAGGAAAAACUGAAAGAGGAAGAAGAAGUUCUGGCAGCACCAAAACUGACUGGAGAAAGUUCUGAUAAAGAGUGGUUCCCUCCUCCUGAUCCUGAGUUCUGUAUUUAUGUGUAUGAAGCGACCAAAUCAAUACUGCCCAUAACCAAUGUUAAGGAACAGAUUGAGGUUCUGGCCAAGUAUGUGGCAGAAAAAAUGGGUGGUAAGAUUGCAAAAGACAAACUGCCUGAUUUCAGCUGGGAACUUCAUAUAAGUGAACUAAAAGUUCAACUUAAAUCCAACGUUAUUCCAAUUGGAUACAUCAAAAAAGGAAUCUUCUACCACCGAGCUUUGCUUUUCAAGGCUCUGGCUGAUAAAAUCGGCCUCGGCUGCAGUCUGGUGCGAGGGGAGUACGGCCGCGCGUGGAACGAAGUGAAGCUGGUCAACGAGUCUCGGAAGGGCUUGACCGGGGGCCUGCCGCUGCCCGAAGUCUACAUCGUGGACCUCAUGUUCCACCCGGGGGCGCUGCUGAAGCUGCAGAGCAGGGAGGCCGACCUCUACCGAUUCCUCUGAGCCAUGGAGGGGAAUGCCAGAGGGGUUCAGCUGAGAAAGUCACCACACACACUUUCUGAGAAGUUCGUCAACUGAUCUUAUUUAAAUAAAAUUAUUAGCAAUGUUCUGUGUAGAAAUGAGGAACUCUCUUGAACUGUAUGAUGCUGCUGGAUUCGGGCUUGUGGCCAGAGUUGUGGGUCCUCUCCUGCUCACGAUCAGUCUCUGACAUAAAGGGUCCCUGUGGUCCCGACCAACCUGGACCACUGUGCCUCUCUGCCCAGAGGAAUCACGAGUACAAGCUCUCAGCUGCUGCUCCCAGGAGGUCCCUGUGGCCCUCGACUGUCCUUCAGGCCCAGAGUGCUUCAGGAGCACGUGCUGACGCUACCUCUGAGGAUUUUUAAUGUCUUCAAUGGCCCUUUCUCACUUUCAUUGAGAUUUGGAUAGUUUGAGUAUUGAUCGGCUUAUAGGUAGACCUCAGUAUUAACAAAUUCCUUUUCUAACUCCUUUUGUUCAUGGUUUUAAAAACUUACCGUUAACCACACUAUUUAGAUCUACUUCACUGAAUUGAAAUUAGUUUUUAGGAACUGGGAAUGUAGCUCAGUGGUAAAGCACUCACCUAACAGGUGUGAGGUCCUGGGUUCAAUCCCCAGUACCACAAACCAACCAACCAAGAGUUUUAAAAAAGUAUUUCCUAAAAAUGUCUUUGUCUUGUGUAUAUAAACUUGGAAAUAGACCUUCAAUGGAGGUGUGGGGGAAAGGAUGAUAUGAAAAUAGGAGGAUAACUAGAGGAAGGGGCUGUAGCUUAACAAGGAGGAUGGAUAGGACCAAACUAACACACACACACACACACACACACACACGUGUGUGUGUGUGUGCGUGUGUGUGCAUGUGAAAUUGUCACAAUGAAACCCAUUAUUUUGUACAAUUAACAUGUGCUGAUUAAAAGGAAAGAAAACUGUAGACUUUCAGUUAAAAACAAUCCCAAUUUAUUCUUAACAUUAUUAGGCUGAGUCAUCAAAACAAAGCUUUAAAUUAAUAGAACAACAACAACAAAAUCCUUGCUGAGGAAUUGUUUUUUCAGAAUUGAGCACAAGACAGGAGUAAGCAUAUUUCAAUCAAGAAAACAAAAACUAGCAGUAUGAUGACUCUCAUGAUGUGUGAAUUUCCUAGCCAACCUUCAAGUAUAAAGUUUACCCAUGUAAUCAUUUUCUUUCUUGUUUUUCUUUUCGGUUUUUUGGUUGUUGUUGUUGUUGUUUGGAGGAUUGGUUUAUUUCACAUAGCCUCCAGAUCCAUCCAUUUACUGGCAAAAGUCAUAAAGUAAGAAUCUUUUAUGGCUGAAUAAUAGUAUGUGUAUACCACAUUUUCUUUAUCCAUCAUUUAUUGUAGCACACCUAAAUUGUUGUCAUAGUUUAGCUAUUGUGAGUUAGGCUGCUAUAAACAUAGAUGUGGCCACAAGAUUGUAGCACACUGAUUGUAACUCUUUUGGAGUUACAGAUGAAAGGGAGGCUCUUUCCCUAGUGUUUGGAGGAAUCUCCAUACUGCUUUUCAGAAUGGUUGCAACAAUAUGCAGUCCCACUAGCAAUGUAUGAGUGUACCCUUCUCCCCACAUCCUCGCCAACAUUUAUUGUUCCUUUUAUUUUUGAUAAUUGCCAUUCUGACUGGAAUGAGAUGGAAUCUCAGUGUAGUUUAAUUAGCAUUUCUCUAAUUGCUAGAGAUGUUGAACACUUUUUCAUAUAUUGGCUGACCAUUCAUAAUUAUUCUUCUGUGAAGUGCCUCUUCAGUUCCUUUGCCCAUUUAUUAACUGGAUUAUUUGGGGGCGGGGGAUUGGUGUUAAGUUUCUUGUGUUCUUUAUAUAUCCUGGAGAUUAAUGCUCUAUCAGUGGUGCAGAUGGCAAAGAUUUUCUCCCAUUCUGUAGACUCUCUCUUCACAUUGCUGACUGUUUCCUUUGCUAUGAAGAAGCUUUUUAGCUUGAUACCAUCUCAUUCAUUCGUUCUUAAUUUUACUUCUUGCAUCUUAGGAGUCUUGCUAAGGAAAUCAGUUCCUAAGCCGACAUAAUAGAGAAUUGGCCCUACUUUUACUUCUAGUAGGCACAGGGUCUCUCUUUUCGUUGUUUUUUGUUUGUUUGGUUUUGGUACUGGGGAUUUAUCUCAGAGACCAAUGAGAUACAUCCCCAGCCCUUUUUAUUUUUAGUCUUGAGACAGCAUCUCUCUAAGUUGUGAGGCUGGCCUUGGACUUACACUUCCUGCUUCAGCCUCCCCAGUUGCUGGGAUUAUAGCAGUGAACCACCAUGCCUGGCUAUAUAAUCAUUUUCUUUCUUUUUUUUAAAUUUUUUUUUUAGUUGUAGAUGGACACAAUAUCUUUAUCUUAUUUUUUUUUAUUUUUAAGUGGUGCUGAGGAUUGAACCCAGGGCCUCACACAUGCUAGGCCCUAGGUUCUAGAUAAUUAUUGAACAGGAAUAGUUAAAAUUGUUUUCUCAGACACAUGCUAGGCAAGUGCUCUACCACUGAGCUCUAACCCCAGCCCUAUAAUCAUUUUCUUAAAAGGUAUUUUAAAGUAAAUUUGACUUAAGAAAUUAGGGUUAUUAUUUUUUUUUAAUAAACCAAUCUGUAAUUUCAAAGAACAUGAUUCUCUAUUUCAGAAUAAAUGUCUUUAUUUCAAA